AUGGCUCACUUUGCGCAGGUCAUGGCUGAAGUGGGCGACUUUGGUCGCUUCCAGGCACAGGUGACCAUCCUGAUGGGCAUCCCCAAUUUCCUGUCUGCCUUCUUCGUGUUUAGUCAGGUCUUCAUGGUCCUCGAUGAGGCUCACCACUGCUCAGUGCCCUGGGUCAAGAACCACACUCUCAACCUAAGUGCUGCAGAGCAGCUGGCAGUAAGCAUACCCAACGACACAGCGGGCAGACCUGAGUCCUGCCUCAUGUUCCAGCCACCUCCUGACAAUGCCAGCCUGGAAGACAUCCUCAGCCACCGCUUCAAUGAGACACAGGCCUGUGACUCAGGCUGGGAGUAUCCUGAGAACAGGCCUCAGUCCCUAAAGAAUGAGUUUGACCUGGUGUGUGGUCGGAAGUACCUGAAGAGGACUUUACAGUCGGUAGUCAUGGCUGGCCUCCUCGUUGGGGCCCUCAUCUUUGGGCCCCUCUGUGACUGGAUUGGCCGCAGACCCUCCCUCCUGGUGCAGCUGCUUCUGUCUGCCAUCACGGGCAUGGCCGCAGCCUGUGUGUCCAGCUUUGAGCUUUAUAUGACCCUAAGCUUUGGCUUGGCUACCACUGUGGCUGGAUUUUUACUCAGCACCAAUGUCCUCCUUUCAGAAUGGGUGGGGCCGUCCUGGAGAACACGGGCCAUGGUCCUGUCCCAGAGUAACAUUGCCAUUGGACUGAUGGUGCUAGCAGGCCUGGCCUAUGGUGUCCGCAACUGGAGACUCCUUCAGAUCAUAGGCACCGCACCAGUCUUCCUGCUCAUCUUCUACUUCUGGGUUUUGCCAGAAUCUCCUCGGUGGCUCCUCUCCAAAGGAAGGAUAGAGGAGGCCAAACAACUGAUCCAGAAGGCAGCCUUGGUGAACAGGCGUUCCCUUUCUCCAGAACUCCUGAGCCAGCUGAUCCCUGAGAAGACAGGUCCCUCUGGAAAUGCGCUGGAUCUUUUCAGACACCCCUAUCUCAGGAAGGUGACACUGGUUCUCAUUGCUGUCUGGUUUGUGGACAGUCUGGUGUACUACUGCUUUAGCUUCCAAGUGGGGGACUUUGGCCUGGACAUCUACCUGACACAGCUGAUAUUUGGAGUAGUGGAAAUGCCUGCCCGUUUUUCCAGCAUCUUCAUAAUGGAGAAGCUGGGUCGCAAGUGGAGCCUGUUAGGUUCCCUGACUCUGGCUGGUACCAUGUGCAUCAUCAUCAUCUUCAUCCCAGCAGGUCUCCCCACGGUGGUCACUGUGCUGGCUGUGGUGGGGAAAUCAGCCUCAUCUUCUGCCUUCACCAUAUCCUAUGUGUACACUGCUGAGCUGUACCCCACCAUCAUCAGGCAAACAGGCAUGGGGCUGGUGAGCAUCUUCUCCAGGAUUGCUGGCAUCAUCACACCGCUCGUGAUGCUGCUGGAACAGUACCACAGGGCUGUCCCCAUGGUCAUCUUUGGCAGCUUCCCCAUCGUGGCAGGCCUACUGUGUGCUCUGCUGCCUGAGACGAAGGGCCAGACCCUGAAGGACACCAUCCAGGACCUGGAGAAGGGGCUCCCCUCGCGGUCCCACAACACCGCACCCCAGAGAAAAGAAAUGGACACCACAGGAAGGACUUCCAGCAUGAGGAAGGCCAUUGUGAAUAGUUCGUACUUCUGACUGUGGCCACUGAGAGCCAGCCCACCAAAGACAGAGGACUUCCC